UUGCGUGUUGCUUUGCGGGAGCCGUUUCGCCCUAGGAUGAGGCUGGUAAUCCUAGAAAAUUACGAUUUGGCGAGCGAAUGGACGGCAAAGUACAUCUGUAACCGCAUCGUCCAGUUCAAGCCUAACCAAAACCGAUAUUUCACCCUUGGCUUACCGACAGGAAGCACGCCUUUGGGAUGCUACCAGAAGCUGAUAGACUAUCACAAAAGAGGGGAUCUCUCUUUUAAAUAUGUGAAGACAUUCAAUAUUGAUGAAUACGUAGGCCUUCCGAGGAAUCACCCGGAGAGCUAUCAUUCUUACAUGUGGAACAAUUUUUUUAAGCAUAUUGAUAUAGAUCCAAACAAUGCCCAUAUUCUCGAUGGGAACGCACCGGAUCUAAAAGCAGAGUGCGACGCCUUUGAAAAGAAGAUAGAAGAAGCUGGAGGAAUCGAACUGUUUGUUGGAGGCAUUGGCCCUGACGGUCAUAUCGCUUUCAACGAACCGGGAUCCAGUUUGGUGUCAAGAACCAGAUUGAAAACUCUCGCCAUGGAUACCAUUCUGGCGAAUGCGAAAUACUUCGAUGGUGAUUUAUCUAAGGUUCCAACUAUGGCCUUAACCGUUGGCGUGGGAACAGUCAUGGAUGCCAGGGAGGUUAUGAUUCUGAUCACGGGCGCACACAAAGCCUUCGCCUUAUACAAGGCCAUCGAAGAAGGCGUCAACCAUAUGUGGACGGUUUCUGCCUUCCAGCAACAUCCCCAUACAAUUUUUGUGUGUGACGAAGAUGCCACUUUAGAACUCAGAGUUAAAACGGUGAAGUAUUUUAAAGGUUUAAUGCACGUGCACAACAAACUCGUGGAGCCUCUGCGUAGUAUGAAAGAGCAAAAUUGAAGGACGGAACCACG